GUAGUGGGCAAACUUAACAUGAAAACAGCCAAUAAUUUCAAAGGAUUAGGGCAUAAACUUUAGGAAGGCCUUGGCCAUCGGAUAUACAAAGCAUUUCUUCUAUACACAUUUUCCCGCAGUUAAAUUGAGCAGCAUGUGACUUGUUUAGCCCCAGGCCACCGUGGUUAGGGAAACGUGAGAUGAAAAUAUAUCAAAUUCGUAUCGGAAGAACUUGACAAGAUGCAGCUAACUGCCUCACCAGAAUUUUUUAUCCGUACGUUUUUAGCAGCUACUGUUGCAGCUGCAGCGUCUGUCCCGCAUACAUUGGAUAUUCGACUACCAGAAGAAGAAGAAAUAAUUUCCCCACCUGCCGAAAACCCUCGUAUUUGUCACGUAUGUAGCCAUUCGUCAAGUUCCACUGAAUACAACACUUCAUCAUGUGAAACUUCAAAUCUCAGUAUCUUUGACGGCGUUCGGUGCCCGCCGGGUAAUACUGUUUGCUCGACAGUGAGACAGGUGUUCGCAAAUGGUACAAACCUAUUAACCAGAGAAUGUUUACCUGAAAAUCCUCCAGCAGUGGAAAUAGAUAGCGACACGUACUUGUGCUGGGAUAUAUGCAAUACAGACAACUGCAACUUUGGGAACUGCACCCUUGAAAGAGGUUCAACUUCUCUUCACAGUAAAUGCGGGGUGUCCAACCCUCAACAGAGCAGCCCAGCAGAAUCAAACUCAAUUCCAUUAUCAGAAAUUUCGCACCUUAUCAAUGGAUGCUACCAAUGUAUCACAGCGGUGAACUCUAGCUGUAGUGACAAUCCUGAACAUUUUUCUCUUCCAUGCCCCCCUGGGUCCAUUGCAUGUGUGACCAGAGUGUCGACAACUGAAGCUGGAGUUGCCGAGGUGGUGCAAAGACGUUGUUCUACACAAUCACAAAACGUGGUUAUCUACGGCAGUACAAUGAGGGAAUGCAUUAUUUCAUGUCACGGAGAUUACUGCAACAAUGUCAUCCCGGUAAAGUAUGAGACUACCACUGCCCAAACUGGUUCAACCAUUGCGCAACAAAACGAAAGUUCUUCUACAAUUCAAAGUACAACGUCUAGCGAAGUUCCGAUUACCGAAGUACAAAAUGAUCGUACAAGUAUCCAAGAUCACACGACAGCGGGAUGGGAAAUACAGACUACUGUUCAGAUACAGCAGCAAGAUAAUACGACGCAAGGCGUGGCCAGAAUUCAUGCUUCGCUGUGGUCAAUAUUUUCUGCUGUACUUAUUGCAUUAUUAGUGACGUUUUCAAACGAUUCUAAAGUUUAAGACUUAUAACUGAGACAUUUUAGUUUUAUGUUAAUUUACAAGCUUAAAAGCUUUGCUGGUCUUGCUUUUGAAUGGCUAUUUUAAAUUAUAUAUUCAAAGCUUGGUAUGGCGUUUUAUCGCAAAUAAAAACAAUUAAAAAGCGGA